ACCAGAUCCGUGUCUUGGCUAUCAUUUGUAGUACCUUUUACCUUCAAUAUGCCCGCUCAGAGUUUAUAUGAGCGCGAGCGGCAACUACGAAUUAAGGAAAAUGACCAACUUUUAAAGUCCUUAGGCCUUAAGCAUGAUUUAGUUACUGCCAAAUCUCACAAUACUUGCUCAUUUUAUGGUAAGCAUAAGAGUGAGCGUAUAAGAAAUAGUAGAGGAGACAAAGGGCCUUCCUGUUUUAGACAGUCCAGGCGUUUGAGGGGUGAAGACCCAGUCGCUUUCAUAGACAGACCUAUUAACCUUCUCGAGGACUAUUCUACAGAGGGGAGCCAUAAUGAGAAAUCUUUUACCGUCGAAAGACCUUAUAAAAGUGGCACCCUUCCUAAAUCCUUGUCACGCUUUGUUCUUACUACGGUUCCACAAAACCUAUGUUUUCCCUUAACUCUCUGCUCUGUGGGAACAACUAUAUUAGAUCUUGGCCGAAUUUAUACCGGCCCCAAUUCGGGUUUAUACUGGAGUAGUUCUGCUUGUAAGUUCCACCAUCCUUAUCCCGUAGGCUACAAGGCAUGUAAAGUUCAUUUCGGCUGCAUGUGUGACAUGGCCAUUGAGGAAGGCACAGACGGCCCUGUAUUUACGGUUAAACUCAGAGACGGAAAUUCCUACUCGGGAGCGACUCCCACACAGCCUUGGACUCAAGUGUGUGUCCAUGGACCUUCCCCAGGAACACGUGUCAGUGGGCCCUUGUUUUUUGGAUUCAGCGAUCCGAUAAUAAUCAGUUUGAUUCAAAAGCUUAAAAAUUAUGAACCUUAUGAGGAAGUGAAAAAGAAAACUUUUCGCCAUAAAGAAAAUUUCUCAUUUAUGAAGGGAACAAACGCAUCUAUGGGAGAGAAUCAGAACCCGACAAUCUGGACGGGAUUUUAAAGGCAGAAUUUCGGUGAUCUUCCUUUUCUUUACUACCAUAUUAAUUUUAGCUCACCUGU